AUGCAUGCAGCUCCAUUCCCGUUUCAAUCUGCACAAUCUGUCCCAAUCUCAGCAGGUGCAGUUGACCCUGUGACGGCCUUCGGCCCUCCGGGGGGGAACGGGGAGCUCAAUGUGAGCGUCGUUGUUGCUCCUGUGCCACGUGGAUUCAGCCUUAGGAGCUUCGGAGAUGCAGAGAGCAUUGGUGGCAGGCUGUUGGCAAACGUCAUUGCACCUGCUGGGUCUGGAAGGGAGGCCAUGCUGCUUAGUGCAAGCGAGAAGGAGCUGGAUGGCGUGCUGUACAUAAGACUGGAGUACACUGUACAAGGCGCUUCAUUUUCCCGCCACAAUGUUUCUGUUUGUGCAGUGAAACGUGGAAAGCUUUUCUCCUUGAAUGCACAGUCACCUGCGGACCUGUGGCCUGAGAACUUGGAAUUCUUUUCUGUUGUUGCUGAUUCAUUCAAAGUUCUAAGUGACAGUCUGUAA